AUGCUGCAGUGCCGGCCGGCCCAGGAGUUCAGCUUCGGCCCCCGCGCCCUGAAGGAUGCGCUGGUGUCCACCGACCCCGGCCUGCGGCAGCUCUACGCGGCCGCCUUCUCCCCGGCCGAGCGGCUCUUCCUGGCCGAGGCCUACAACCCCCGCAGGACGCUCUUCGGCGCCCCGCGCAUCCACACGGCCUUCGACUGGCUCCUGAGCCGCCCCGAGGCCCCCGAGGACUUCGAGACCUUCCACGCCGCCCUGCCGCCCCGGAAGCAGAGCCCGGCUCGCAAGCACAUCUACCUGCAGCCCAUAGAUCUGAGUGAGGGGCUGGCGGGCGGCGCGCUUCUGUACCACCUGCGGAGCUGCACAGAGGCCUUCUUCCUGGGCCUGCAGGUCAGGUGCUUGCCCUCGGUGGCGGCCGCGUCCAUCCACUGCUCGUCGCGCCUCAGUCAGGACUCUGACAGGCUCCAGCUCCACACAGACGGCAUCCUGUCCUUCCUGAAGAGCAGCAAGCCGGGGGACGUGUGCGUGCUGGGCCUCACGCUGUCCGACCUGUACCCCUGCGAGGCCUGGACCUUCACCUUUGGCAAGUUCCUUCCAGGGCACGAAGUGGGCGUCUGCAGCUUUGCCCGGUUCUCAGAGGAAUUCCUGCAGCUGGGGCCCAGCGCCCCUGAUGUGGCCCUGGCCGAGGUGGCAGCAGACGGCCCCGAGGUGCCCCUGCAGGACACAGGCCAGACUGUGUGCUUCAGCGCCCUGGGGAUGCUCCAGUGCUGCAAGGUCACGUGCCACGAGCUCUGCCACCUCCUGGGCCUGGGGAGCUGCCGCUGGCUCCGCUGCCUCAUGCAGGGGGCCCUGAGCCUGGACGAGGCCCUGCGGCGGCCCCUGGACCUCUGCCCCAUCUGCCUGCGGAAGCUGCAGCACAUCCUGGGCUUCAGGCUGGUCGACAGGUACAAGAGACUGUACCUCUGGACCCAAGCGGUGGCGGGGACGCAGACCGGCGAGGAGGCGGCGGGGGAGCCGUCUGCGUCCGUGUCGGAGGACACCCUGCCGUGCAGCGCGGACUCGGGCCUGUGCUGUGAGAGCGACUCGGAGCCGGGCACCAGCCUGUCAGAGCCCCUGUCCCCCGACGCCUGGAGCCACGCCUUCCCCGCGGGCGCCGAGCUGGAGCCCGAGGACGGGCUGGGCGCCCUGGCGGCCGCGGAGGGACCCGGGGAGGCGCUCGCCGAGCACGGGCGGUGGCUGGCGGCCUGCAUCCAGGCCCUGGAGAGGGCCGUGACCGAGGAGGAGCUGGCGCGGGUGGACAGCGCCGUGGACGCCCUGGCCCGCUGGGAGAUGUUCACGGGGCAGCUCCCGGCCCCCAGGCACGACCUGCCCUGCGGCCAGGACAGCGCGGGGCUGCGCCGCAUCCUGGGGGGCACGUUCUCCUCCCUCAGGAGGAGGCUGAGCGCCCGCAGGCUGGCCAGGGCCGAGGUGUCGCCCCGGCGCGGGAAGGCGGAGGAGAACUAG